AUGAAAUUAACACCAGAAAAAAUACUCAAGUUAUUAGAGGACAUGUUAGUCCAAAUUUUAUAUGCCAGAGGCGAAAAUAGAUCAUUUUUUGAUGAAGGUAUUAGAACCGCAGAGAAAAUGAUAAAAAAAUUACAAAUAUACCAAUUACCAAUGCAACCAACUACUUUGGUUGUAAAUUUUUUUAAUGUUCACCAACAACAAGAAGAUGAACAACAAAUAGAUAAUCAACAGGAUCAACAGGUAGAGAAUCAAACUUUAGAACCAAAUGAACAAGAAGAUCAAGAAGAAAUCGAUAGUGACAAUAACUACGAUUAUGAAUGGAGAUGUUACCAAGAUCCUAACUCACCACCACCAACACCAAAAUCACCAGCUCAAGAUCAACAUGAGCAUGAAGAGUUUGACCAUGAACAAGUAGAUGACCAGGAACCAGAAGAAAAUCAACAUAGAGAAUUAACAGUAUCACAACAAAACGAAGCAAAUAUUUUUCAAGAUUUUUUAAAUAAUUAUCAGCCACCUGAACCAAUAGUCCUUGGUUUAACUGUCGAGUAUCACCCAGUAGACAGUGAUGAAGAAUUCAAUAAUAUUAAUAUUAGUUACCAAUUACCAAACACCCCACCAGUACCAUCAUCACCAAAUUCACCAGUUAUGGAGCAAGAGGAAAACAAUAAAAAAAGUAAUCAAGAACAACAAGAAAAUCAAUAUCCUCUUUUAAAUCAAGAACAACAAGAACAAUAUGAAUCAUCUGAGGAUAGUGAUGAUGAGUAUGAUUAUAAUUGGAAAUGUUACCAAGAUCCAAACUCACCACCACCAACCCCAAAAUCACCAGCUCAAGAUCAACAUGAACAAGUAGAUGACCAGGAACCAGAAGAUAAUCAACAUAGAGAAUUAACAGCAUCACAACAAAAUGAAGCAGACAAUUUACAAGAAUUUAUUAAUAAUUAUCAACCACCAGAACCAAUAGUCCUUGGUUUAACUGUCGAGUAUCACCCAGUAGACAGUGAUGAAGAGUUCAAUAAUAAUAAUGUCACUUACCAAUUACCAAAUACCCCACCAAUAUUGUCAUCCCAAGUAACCAAUCAACAAGAAAACAGUUCAGUUGAGGAAAAUAAUCACCCAGAUGAAAGCAAUCAAGAAAAUCAAAACACUCUUUUAAAUCAAGAACAACAAGAACAAUAUGCAUCAUCUGAAGAUAGUUAUGACGGCAACAGAAAUCAAGAUUUACGUCUUUCCUUAACCCUUGAGCAUCAUAAGAUUGAUAGUGACGAUGACUAUGAUUAUAAUUGGAAAUGUUACCAAAAUCCAAACUCACCACCACCAACACCAAAAUCACCAGCUCAAGAUCAACAUGAGCAUGAAGAGUUUGAUCAUGAACAAGUAGAUGACCAGGAACCAGAAGAAAACCAACAUAGAGAAUUAACAGCAUCACAACAAAUUGAAGCCAAUAAUUUACAAGAAUUUAUCAAUAAUUAUCAACCACCUGAACCAAUAGUCCUUGGUUUAACUGUCGAGUAUCACCCAGUAGACAGUGAUGAAGAGUUCAAUAAUAAUAAUGUUGUUUACCAAUUACCAAAUACCCCAUUAUCGUCAUCCCCAAAAACUAAUCAACAAGAAAACAGUUCAGCUCAAGAAAUCAACCAAAAUAAAGUUCAAGAAAAUCAAGAUGAUCAACAAAAUCAAUAA